CCAGGAUUGGGCAGGUGCAUUUACCGCUGGCAGCUCAUAACAAUACUGAGAAGGGAAGAGGCUGGAGUCCCGGGCACACCAUGCCGCCCAAACAGUCGCCGCAUAGCCGAAAGGCUAAAGAGCCAGCACAGGAGCACGAGCAGCAGCAGGCACCUGGGCUCAGCCCCGAAGUUGGCCCAGCCGCAGUCGCAGGGCUGGUGUCUUCUGCGGCUCCAAAGCAAAAGGAAGGUGAAUACGGUGACAGAGAUAUGGGCGCUGCAGCCUCCAAAGGUGGCGUCGAGGAAGGCGCUCAGAAGACAGAUGGGCAGAGGUCAGAAAAGGCGCCAGCCACCGGUGCUCCGACCAAAGCAUCAGUGGAUGAUCAUGAUGAGGCGCCAGGCGACAGCGACCAAGAGGUAGAUGCGCAGAUCACCCGAGUGGAGGACGGUGUGAAAAAUACUUCUUCGGAACCGAUCUCAGAGAAAGACAAGCUGUCAGAUUCAGAAUCCAUCCCUGCGUACGUCAAGCGGAACGAGCAAGCGGGUGAGAACGAAGCGCACAGAGAGCAAGCUACAGAUUCAAAAGCAGGCGAGGCGCUCGAACCGGAAAAUGCUCGACAGCAGGAUGAAGCGUUACGACCAAUGGAAUGUGUGCAGGAAGAGACAUGGCAAGAGCACAGGGAGGCCGAGACGGCUGGGGAUGGUUUUGUACAGCCUCAAGGUGAUAAGGAGCUUCUGAGUAAAGCCAGGGAGGAAGAUGGCCGCAGACAAGAAAGGGAGCACGAGCAUGACGACGACGCAGGGAGACGCAGAAGGGAGCGCAAGCGGCCCAGGUUGAUCCUCUCUGCGUUGCCGCGCGACGAGCGAGAUGCAGCAGCGGCGGAUGCAGAGGGUGCAGGCGACGUGGGCCCAUCCACUACCGCCGCGCACGAACACGGCGGUGCGCAUGCACCGCCAGAGAAGAAGCGUCGUCGUGGCCCUGGCGGGGCGCUCGGAAUGAUGUCGCUAUUGCAGUCGACGCUGUCGAAAGCGCGCACGGAGGCCGAGACGGCGUCGCGCGACAAGGGUGCCAAGCAGCGCGCGUCGCUCGAGGCGCGUCUGGCCACCAAGCUGGCACGCGAGAAUGAACAGAUGCGGUCCGCGUCCGAAGAGAAGAGCCAGCUUCGCGCGCUGUUCCGCGUCGCCGAGGACAUCGCGGCGGGCGAGGCGGAGCACCGCAGCCUGCGCGCGCAGAAGCGACGGCUGGCGAGUUUUCUCGUGACUAAGAACCCAGCAGCGGCUGCGACAGAUUCUUCAGGAAAAAGGGGUCCCGGUCCCCGCGCCGGUGGUGGCAGGAGUCAAAGAGGAGCCGAUGUCCGAGCUGCAGGAUGGGGAAGAGUAGGUGGUGGGAUCACCUCCUCGCCACCGCGGCGCGCCACAGCCCACUGUCUGCCAAACGACAUACCCAAGGGCGCAGGCUCUAGCAUCAGUGCCGAUGUGCCGAGCUCGCUGCCACCCGAGGCGAUCACGCAGCCACAGUCUUACUCCUCCACAAUCGCCUCGACUUCGUCGGCCCUGCCGCGCCCAGGGUCGAUGGCGCACAACGAGCACCACUCGACAUACCAGGUGUACUACCUGCCCAAGAAGUUGCUCGCGUGGCAGGAAGACGCGCUGGACGAUCAGGAAGAUGCGGUGGACGAUGCAAUCGAGGAUGCGGACGACGCUUGGGCCGCGCGACGCAAGAAGCUCGAGGAGGAGCUCAAACAGCUGCUCGAAAAAGUCGGGCCAUGGCCCAGCAAGGAGAAGAGCGACGGCGAGCGCCGUGGCGCGUGCGACGAUAAGGACGGCAUGGUCAAGGAGAACGAGCAGAGUGACAAGAAUCAAGGCGACGGCGACGAAGACGAAAUCAGCCGGGAGCGAAACCGAAACGAUAACAACGAUCAGAGGAUGCGUGUUGCUCCUUCGUUUUCCUUGUCUCCUUAAGAUCCAGAGGGAAGUCAUUUGAGCAUCGAGAGACAGGCAAACUUCGCUUUCACUCGCACAUUGCGAGAUGUACUGCAAGUUGCAAUUUUUCAUUUGCAAUGCGAUGUGAUGCAGGCGGA